AACAAUAAAAUAAAAUAAGAUAAAAAAGACAAAAAUGGCGAAGUAAGCUUUGGGGUAUAGAAAAGAUGACUUGAAACACGGAGAAACAGAGAAAGAAGAAGAAGACAAAGAUCCCAACCACACUGUUCUUCUUAUUUUGAAAUCGUGAAUCCAUAAUCGAUUAUUCAAUUAAUCUCGAAUCUCGAAACUCUUCUCAAUUCAAUUCCCUUUCUCAAUUAUCAUCAAUCAAUCAAUCACAAUUCACAACAACAAUGUCGAUAAACAUGAAAACCCUAACCCAAGCACUAGCAAAAACCGCAGCAGUAAUAGAAAAAACGGUUCAAACAACGGUUCAAGAAGUCACCGGUCCAAAACCACUCCAAGACUACGAGCUUCUCGAUCAGAUCGGUUCCGCAGGUCCGGGUUUAGCCUGGCGACUUUAUUCGGCCCGGGCUCGUGAUCCUUCUCGGCAACAUCAGUAUCCUGUUGUUUGUGUUUGGGUUUUGGAUAAACGGGCUUUGUCUGAGGCUAGAUUGCGAGCUGGAUUGACGAAAGCGGCUGAGGAUUCGUUUUUGGAUUUGAUUCGGACUGAUGCUGGGAAGCUUGUUAGGUUAAGACAUCCAGGGAUUGUUCAUGUUGUUCAGGGAUUGGAUGAGAAUAAGAAUGCCAUGGCGAUGGUUACCGAACCUUUGUUUGCUUCUGUCGCUAAUACUCUUGGUUGUUUUGAUAAUGUUGCUAAUGUUCCUAAAGAUCUUAAGGGAAUGGAAAUGGGUCUGUUGGAGGUAAAACAUGGUUUACUUCAGAUAGCAGAAUCAUUGGAUUUUCUCCACAACCAUGCUCAUCUUAUUCAUCGGGCUAUAUCACCUGAGAAUGUUUUUAUCACAUUGAGUGGAGCCUGGAAACUUGGUGGAUUUGGUUUUGCAAUUUCUUCUUCUCAGAACCCUGGUGAUUCGUCUAAUCUGCAUGCCUUCCAUUAUGCUGAAUAUGACGUCGAAGACUCAGUUUUGCCACUUCAGCCAUCUAUUAAUUACACUGCUCCAGAGAUGGUGAGGAGCACUGCUUCUUCAGCUGGGUGCUAUUCUGAUAUUUUCAGUUUUGGAUGUCUUGCCUACCAUUUAAUUGCUCGCAAGCCGUUGUUUGACUGCCACAACAAUGUCAAGAUGUACAUGAAUACCUUGACUUACUUAUCCAGUGAUGCUUUCUCAUCUAUCCCAUCGGAUCUGGUUCCUGACCUGCAAAGGAUGCUCUCUUCAAAUGAAUCUUUCAGGCCAACUGCAAUGGAUUUUACUGGCUCACAAUUUUUUCGGAAUGACACUAGGUUGCGUGCUUUGCGCUUCCUGGACCACAUGCUUGAAAGAGAUAACAUGCAGAAGUCAGAGUUCUUAAAAGCAUUGUCAGAUAUGUGGAAAGAUUUUGAUUCCCGUGUAUUGCGAUACAAGGUCCUUCCACCACUUUGUGCAGAACUAAGGAAUGUAGUUAUACAGCCGAUGAUUCUACCAAUGGUUCUAACCAUUGCAGAGUCUCAGGACAAGAAUGAUUUUGAGCAAUCAACACUCCCAGCUCUUUUCCCUGUCUUAAGCACUGCUUCUGGUGAUACAAUGUUACUACUUCUAAAGCAUGCCGAGCUAAUAAUAAACAAGACUAGUCAAGAUCAUUUAAUUUCACAUGUUCUUCCAAUGAUUGUUCGGGCCUAUGAUGAUAAUGAUGCACGUUUACAAGAAGAGGUCCUGAAAAAAUCAGUAUCCCUUUCCAAGCAACUUGAUGCCCAGCUGGUGAAACAAGUGAUUUUGCCCCGUGUUCAUGGACUAGCACUCAAAACAACAGUUGCUGCGGUUAGAGUCAAUGCUUUGUUGUGCCUUGGAGACAUGGUUAACCGACUUGAUAAACAUGCUGUCGUGGAAAUCUUGCAAACUAUUCAGCGCUGUACUGCUGUUGACCGUUCCCCUCCAACCCUUAUGUGUACCCUCGGGGUUGCAAAUUCUAUUUUUAAGCAGUAUGGAGUAGAAUUUGUUGCUGAGCAUGUUCUUCCAUUGCUUGUGCCACUCCUGACUGCUCAACAAUUGAAUGUUCAACAGUUUGCCAAAUAUAUGCUCUUUGUCAAGAAUAUGCUCCAGAAGAUAGAAGAGAAGCGAGGAGUUGCUGUGACUGAUUCUGGAAUCCCAGACGUAAGACUAUCUUCUGUGGUUAAUGGCCUUCAGGUGGAAGCUCCAAGGACAAGCAACAGCACUGUUGCUGCUUCAACAAAAAGCAGCUCCUGGGAUGCAGAUUGGGGUCCCAAAAUAACGGGAACCGCCAAUUCUGUCGAGAAUUCUAUUAAUACAUCCAGUCAAUCUGCGACAAGCAACCCUGUGGGUCCAGUAGCAUCUUUACAAAAUAAUCUGUCCUUAUCUGGUGUAUCUAAUCAGCAGACAGCCAAGUCAAGUCCUUCAGUAGAUUUCGAGUGGCCGCCUCGUGCAUCUUCUGGUGUUACCUCACAAUUUGGGGAUACUGAAAGACAAACAGUUGCAGCGGGAACCUCAUCUACAUCUAAUCUUGAAGAUGACGAUCCUUUUGCUGAUUGGCCUCCGCGCCCUAGUGGCUCAUUAGCUGGUGGAUCUGGAAAUUCCAACAAUGGUACUAUAGGAAUGGCACUAAACAAGAUGGGGCACAAUUCAAUGACAAGCAAUUCAAGCAAUCUUGGUCUCCAAUCCAGCAACAAUUGGUCUGUCAACUCCCAGAAUGUCAACUCCCAGAAUUCUGUGGAGUCUAUCGGUAUGAACCCAAGGAAUUCUAGUUCAUCUAUGGGUAACCCGAAUAAUGGCUUUGAACCUCAGAGUUCGCUUGGGUUCCUAAAACAAAGUCAAGCGUUUCCAGCACCGAAUGUUGCUUCAUCAUCAUCAUCAUAUAAUAAUAACGUUAAAUCAACUGAUCUUGGAUCAAUAUUUUCUUCCAACAAGAAUGAACAAAUUGCACCUAGACUUGCGCCACCCCCUUCAACCACAGUGGGUAGAGGACGGGGAAGAGGGAGAGGAGCGACUUCAACCAAACAACCCUCUCAUACCAAGUCAAACAGUGAUCAGCCACCCCUUUUGGAUUUGCUGGGGUAGUUUGCUUCUAUUGUUGUUCUUUUAGAUUGUAUAUUUAUGCAACAUUCAAUGUUGAAUACUCGGAGACAUUUGCUGUGAAGGAAGAGAUUGCGGAAAAUCUUGCCACGCGACAUCUGCUGUAAGAGACUAUAUGUAAAGGUUUUGUUGUAUGUUGCUUAGUUUAUAGUGAUUUUGCAAAAAAAAAGGAUUAUUUUUUUAAUUUUUUGGUAUCCAUAUAUGUCUUGCUUUAUUCUUAGGGUGUCAGGCAAAUUGUAUUCAGAAAAGUCCUGAUUACUGCCACUGGGUUGAAAAUAAUCGAAGCAGUGAUUAAGCUUCUUAAACGAAAAUGUUUGUCAUUCCAUUAUGUAUGAUUUGGCUGUUGGUGGUAAUACUAGUGAUAGUUGUAACUUA